AUGUGGGAAGUAUGGUAAAUACAAGAAUGGAAGCUAGAUUAGAUGUUGUCGACAAAACGCUGCAGGACUUAAUCCAAGACCGGGACAAACAGGAAAAUCAGUCUCAUGAGCGCUUCCAGCGUUUGGAGGACAUGAUUAGAGGUUUAGCAACCAUGGUUGAAACACUGUCUUGUAGUGCUACAAAGGGUGAAACUGCUUCAGUGAUCAAUGUUGGUCAAGGGUCACGUUGGGAAGAAGAGUCUAGUCAGCAUUUGUCUUCCUCCAAAUGGAGAAAACUGGACAUUCCAGUUUUUGCAGGGGCGGAGGCGUAUGGUUGGACUAACCGUCUUGAACGUUAUUUUCGAUUGAAGGAAGUCCGUGAGGAGGAACGCAUGCAGGCGGUCAUAGUUGCUUUGGAAGGAAGGGCCUUAAAUUGGUUUCAGUGGUGGGAAACUUGCAAUCCUAAUCCUACGUGGGACGCAUUCAAGAUGGCAGUUGUUCGCCGUUGAAACACGAU